GCCCCGGUAGAGGUGCGUCUCGUAGGCGGUGGCGCAGGCGUUGGUCCGAGUAAUGGAGUGGAGACAGUCCAGGGACGCGUAGAAGUGAAGCACCUGGGUAUCUGGGGCAGUGUGUGUGAUGAUGACAUCGGUAUGGAGGAAGGGCAUGUGUUGUGUCGCAUGCUGGGGUGGGAAGGGGCCUCUCACAUCGACAAGAAUAAUACUUUCGGCCCUGGUAGUGGUCCGGUGUGGCUGGACGACGUGCGGUGCCUGGGGUAUGAGACCAGUGUGACACAGUGCCAACACGUGCCCUGGGGCCAGACCAAUUGCGACCACACUGAGGACGUCGGACUUCGAUGCUCAAAAAAUCCAGCGAGGAACGAGCCGAGUCAGCCUGAGGUAUCACCGCCUGCGUCGGGGCUGCCACCCACGUGUGGGAGGCGGGCAGUGGAAGACAGGCCGCCCUCCCUUAUUAUGGAGUCCCCCAAGGUGGUGGGGGGCCACACGCCCCCUCCUGGAGCCCAUCCUGGAUGGUCAGACUCUACUAGUAUUUUGCUAGUUUGA